AUGCAGAUGCAGACGCCUGCGACCAUUGACAGUAAGGCUUGUGGCGCAGCAGCAGCAGCAGCAUCAACUCGUGUGGGCCCCCCUGCAGAUGAGGAGCGUGAGCGAAUGACUACUGCGUCCGAUGGCGCCGUGGAUUGCAACCAUGGAGGCAAUGUCACGGCUAAUACGAACAUGGUUGUUGAGGAGGCGGGCGUGGUCAAAGCGACGAGUGGCGAAAAAGCUGGCGUAGUCCACUCUACCACGAUUGAUGAGGAAGAAGACAUGGACGCCACGAGUAUUGCCGACUCAUUCAGUCUUCAGGAUGAUUACAUUCCUUUGUAG